UGGUGUCAUCCAAAAGCAAUUUUCUCUCUUAAGUCUAUUCUUCUCCUCUAUAGCUUCUAAUUAGAAGUAAUUAUAUUAUUUUUUGAAAAUGCCUGCCAUAGCUUUUGGAAGUGUUGGUGAUUCAUUCAGCGUAGGGUCUAUUAAGGCCUAUCUUGCUGAAUUCAUCUCCACCUUGCUCUUUGUCUUCGCCGGAGUUGGUUCUGCCAUUGCUUACAACAAGUUGACAACAGAUGCUGCUCUUGAUCCUGCUGGGCUCGUAGCAAUUGCAGUUUGCCAUGGAUUUGCUCUAUUCGUGGCCGUGUCCAUUGCCGCUAAUAUCUCUGGUGGUCAUGUCAACCCUGCUGUCACCUUCGGAUUGGCCCUCGGCGGCCAAAUUACCCUUCUUACUGGCCUCUUCUACACUAUUGCUCAACUUUUGGGCUCCAUUUUAGCUUGCCUCCUCCUCAAAUUUGUCACCGGAGGAUUGGCUGUUCCAACCCACAGUGUGUCAGCUGGAGUGGGAUCCAUUGAAGGAGUUGUCAUGGAAAUUAUUAUCACUUUUGCUUUGGUAUACACAGUAUACGCAACAGCAGCCGACCCAAAGAAGGGCUCAUUGGGUACAAUUGCACCCAUUGCCAUUGGUUUCAUCGUUGGUGCCAACAUCUUGGCUGCGGGCCCAUUCUCCGGUGGAUCAAUGAACCCAGCCCGCUCAUUUGGGCCUGCAGUUGCUGCUGGCAACUUCGCUGACAACUGGAUCUACUGGGUUGGCCCACUCACCGGUGGUGGUUUGGCUGGUCUUAUUUACAGCAAUGUGUUCAUGCAACAUGAGCAUGUCCCUCUCGCCAGCGAUUUCUAAAUUAAAAUUGUUUGAGUUUGAUUAUGCUGGAAAGCCCAUUUGAAUAUCCUAAAAAGGGAAGAAAAAGCAUUAUCUUUUGUUGUUUCUUUCUUUUUGUUUCUUUGUUUUUUUCAAUUGUCUUUUUCUUUUUCUAGCUCUUGGUUUGCAGCUGUACAUCCAUUAUCUUUGGUGAAAUGUUCUUGUGAUGAGGCUCGAAUUUGGUGAAAUCGCAAUCUUUCAUUGA